AUGUAUCAGUGCGUCUCCAAGUUCUGUGUGCGGAUGGAUGGUUGCCCUCGUAAUGCGCUUCUGCCGGCAGGCUUCCGCCAGAAGGAUCAGACCAGCAAACCUGCCACGGGACCUUUUGACAGAGAGCGGUUGUUGUCCUACUUGGAGAAACAAGCCAUGGAGCACAAGGACAUAGAGGACGUCGUGCCCUUUACUGGAGAAAAGAAAGGAAAAGCAUUUAUCCCUAAAGAAAGACCCAUAGAAACCCGCACAGAGGAGAAAGUAACUCUGGAUCCAGAAUUAGAAGAAGCCCUGGCCAGUGCCUCUGACACUGAGCUGUACGAUCUAGCAGCUGUCCUAGGAGUGCAUAACCUGGUCAACAACCCAAAGUUUGAUGAAGGAACCACCACUAAAGAUGGCAAAGAAACCGUGAAAAAUGUAGUCAAAGGUGAGAAGGUCAAGCCAGUGUUCGAGGAACCGCCUAACCCAACGAAUGUUGAAGCCUCUUUGCAAAGGAUAAAGGCAAAUGAUCCCACGCUCCUGGAAGUCAAUCUGAACAACAUAAAGAAUAUCCCCAUUCCAACUUUGAAAGACUUUGCAAAAGCUUUGGAAACCAACACCCACGUGACGAAAUUCAGCCUGGCUGCUACUCGGAGCAAUGACCCUGUGGCAAUUGCUUUUGCAGAUACAUUAAAAGUGAACAAGACGCUGAAAAGUCUAAAUAUAGAAUCCAAUUUCAUCACGGGGACAGGCAUCCUCGCCUUGGUUGAGGCCCUGAAAGGGAAUGAAACAUUGACGGAGAUAAAAAUUGAUAAUCAGAGACAACAGCUCGGCACAGCGGUAGAGAUGGAGAUUGCUCAGAUGUUGGAGGAGAAUUCACAGAUCCUCAAAUUUGGGUACCAGUUUACAAAGCAAGGCCCAAGAACCAGGGUAGCAUCAGCCAUCACUAAAAAUAAUGACCUAGUUCGCAAGAAGCGUGUGGAAGGAGAACGUCACUAGUCUUGCCAGGAGGUGAACAAGCUAGAUGUCAAAGAGAGCUGUUCUAUCACCCAUCUCAGAGAAUUCACUGGUCUUAAGGGAAGACACUGGAAAGUCUUUAGAAUGAAGCUGCUCGUGUUCCAUUAUCCUGUCCCUCUCCCCACACACCUUUUUUU